CAUAUUUUCAGAACUGAUUGAAAACUCAAUGGAACACUUUUCGUUUUUUUGUUUCAAGAUUUUAACUAGUACCGUUCACCAGUUUUCCAGAUAAAUCGGUUUUUCAUUUGACUACAUGCACAUUCAGGUGAAAAAAAUCACUAAGCCAGUAUCAUUAUGGACCAUCGAUAUGAUGUCAGACAGUAUGUUAGUUCCGUCCGUACAAAAGAAUCGUCGAUUUAUUCGUUCAAAUUGGUUAGAAAUGUCUUAGAUAAAAAAGAACGACAGGGUCGACUAUUUGUCAAAGUGCCCACCAUAAAUAAACCAGACUUUUAUGCUGCACGUCUUCGCUUUACUUUUCACUUGUUCAGCAUUCGUACCUUGAAAUGUAUUCAGCAGUUUCGGUUUUAAUUUUUAUCAUGCAACACACCGAAUAUACAGUUUACAAAGCUUUCUCUUUCAUUACUUUUGUCAUUUUUAUCUACUUUGUCUUGGAAAUAACGUUUGAAAUAUUAAAAAUUUUUCAUUAACUCAUUCGGAAAUUUAAUAGAAUUAACUAAAAAUGCAAUUCAAAACCGCUGUUAACCUAGUUGCUGUUUGUAAAGAAUCUGUACGAGAACAACCUUCGUCAGUUCUUAUCAUAACACACUCAGUUUUCCACAAACCAUUUUUAAGGAUUCUGUUUCCUUGACUAAUAAAGGUUAUUUUGUGACCCCCCAGAAAUGUACAGCGUAUGAUAUAUAAUUCAAUAAGAAAAAGAAAAGUAACGAUUAUUUAUUUUUUUAUGAAUAUCAAACAGUCGCUGUUGUUUUAACUGAAACUUGAAUGGAUUUUUAAUUAAAUAAAAUUAUAUAUAUAUGUUCGAAUUCUUUCCAUAUUAAUAAGAAUAUUCACUGUCAAAAGUAAAUGUUGUCGAUGUACCAUAUGAUAAAUUUCUUCUUUCACCUACACCUGUUACUAUUUAAAAUUACAAUUCAUUAUCGAUAAAUCUAUCAUGCUGUUUUUAGAGAUCUUUUAGAAUAAUCAAACAAUUUGCAUGAAGAACAAAAAGAAUCUCAAUUAUUCUCUUUUUUUAAAUAAUUGGAGAAAUACAAUUUAAUUGCAUUUGUCAGGGCUCAUAAGAUAAAAAUCAAAAUCAGAAUAAAUUCACAUAUUUUUGAACACAUUGACAUACUCUUCGGUAUUUGGAAGAGAUGAAAAAUCUACUCAAUAAACGUGUGUCAGUACUUCGUGUACCGAGAACUGUACAGGUUAGUCCUGAACACAACGAUGAAUUUUCUCAUGAUGAGGUCGAAACAAUCAACAAAAAUUCAGUUGAAGAUGAUAAUGUACCUCUAAAACAAGAUGAAGGAAAUAAAGUAAAACUACAAAAUGGAAUAAAAGUACCCAGAGCAGCGACACCAACACGCAAGGAAGUGCGCAAAACUAAUGAUGAACGAGAUGAUACAAAAUGGUAUAGUAGCAGCAGCACUGAACAGUACACUCAGUUACGAGAGAAUAAAGAAGUCGUUCGACAACAACCAACGAGCAGUGAUUUAUCAACACAAAUGGUUCAUCCACGGAUGGAAAAACCAUCGAUUAACAUUGUUGAUAAAGAGGUGACUCGUCCUUGGUUGAAAAAAUGGACAAACAAUAAUCGAUGGCAACAUAAUUUGUGUUCAUGUUGUGAUGAUUUUAACAUGUGCUGUUAUGCAUGUUGGUGCUGGUAUUGUUUCAAAUGUGAUGUGUCUACAGCAUUGGAUGAAAAGUGUUGUAUUUGGUUUGGAAAUUGCUCACCAUUGAUGCAAUUGAGAACAAAAUUCAGACAACAAUAUGAAAUUAAGGGUUCAAUCGCAGAAGAUUGUUGUGUGGCUGAAUUUUGUUCAUUUUGUGUAGCAUUACAACUGGCUAAUGAAGCACGAGAUUAUGGCCAUCGAGUUUACUGUUAA